AUUUUUAGAAGAUUCCAGGAGAAGACCCUAAAAAAUCUAACAGAUGAGAUGAUGGCUAUUGGUGUUGAUAAUGAAUAGGAUCGCCUCAUGUUCAAGAGGAUUUUCAUCCUCUAUAUACAGAUGGCGUUUCUGUUAUCAACCACAAUAAACAAAAUCUUUCCUGUGCACCUGGCACCAAUUUUCAAGAUGGACACGAUAACAGAGGGGAACUGGAGAGCACAUGUUCUGAAUCUUAUCAUCAAGGGAAUAACAGAUUACAAUCUGAAAAAGAAAAAGGCAAUUGACGGCUGCCUGUUUGCCCUGAUGAUAGUUUACUUCCAUCUAUCAAAAAAUAAAGACAAGAAAAGAGAAGAAAGACCUCCAGAACCCUGGAUUGCCAACUGGACUAGAGAGCAGUUGGUUGAAAGAAUGAGAGCAGAAAUGGAGGAACAUAUGGGAAUUGUAAAGAUGGCCGAAACAAAGGAGAAAAUGAAAGAAAUAAAGAAAAAAGAAAAAAAACAAAAAAACCAAAAAAACAAAAAAAAAAGGAAGGCAAGUUCAUUAUCAUCAUCUGAGACUGAAACAACUGAAAGUGAAGUCGAUUCUACCUCUGAGUUUGAGACUGAAGAAGACUCAGAGGAUUCAACAAGGAAACAACCCACCCGAAAAGCCAAAAAAAUGGAGUCCAAAAAAAGAAAGAAGAUUCAGGAGGAUUCAGAUUCAGAAUCUGAAUCAAAUGAUGAGUAAUGUUCUGAAAUUAUUACUGCUUUCCUUUGGGUUUAUUAUCAAGAUUUUAUGUAUUAACAGAGCGUCUCUUAUUAACUUUUAGAAGCGAAGAAUCAUCACCAGUAGAGAAGCAAAAAACAAAGAAAAA